UCUCUGCCCGGCUUGUCUCUCUCCAGGCACAAGUGCUUCUCUGGGCCGGGUGUCAUGGAAGGCCUGCUGUCAAGAUGCAGAGCACUGCCCGUCCUGGCCACCUGCAGCCACCAGCUCUCUGGGUCCGGUCCUCACAGGUUUUACCACUGUGACCCCGAGAGAGGGAAGCGCUUGGUGCUGUCUCGCAUGUUCCAGCCCCAGAACCUUCGGGAAGACCAGGUGCUCUCUCUCGAGGGCACAUCUGGCGACCUGACCUGUAAGAGCCAGCGGUUGAUGCUGCACGUGGGCCUGAUCCACCCAGCAAGCCCCGGCUGUUACCACCUCCUGCCUUACACCGUGCGAGCCAUGGAGAAGCUCGAGCGGGUGAUAGACCAGGAGAUGCGGGCCAUCGGGGGGCAGAAGGUCAACAUGCCCAGCCUCAGCCCAGGGGAGCUCUGGCGAGCCACCAACCGGUGGGACCUCAUGGGCAAGGAGCUGCUAAGACUUAGAGACAGACACGGCAAGGAAUACUGCUUGGGACCCACUCACGAGGAAGCCAUCACAGCCCUGGUCGCCUCCCAGAAGACAGUGUCCUACAAGCAGCUCCCGUUCCUGCUGUACCAGGUGACAAGGAAGUUUCGGGACGAGCCCAGGCCCCGCUUUGGUCUUCUCCGCGGCCGGGAGUUUUACAUGAAGGACAUGUACAGCUUCGACUCCUCCCCGGAGGCCGCCCGGCACACCUACAGCCUGGUGUGCGAGGCCUACGGCAGCCUGUUCCGCAGGCUGGGGCUGCGGUGCGUCAGGGUCCAGGCGGACGUGGGCAGCAUCGGGGGCACCGCGUCUCACGAGUUCCAGCUCCCGGCCGACAUCGGGGAGGACCGGUUUGCCGUCUGUCCCGGCUGCGGCUUCUCGGCCAACAUGGAGACACUGCACUGGCCGCAGACUGACUGCCCGGCCUGCGGGGGCCCACUGACCGAGGCCAGAGGCAUCGAGGUGGGGCACACGUUUUACCUGGGCACCAAGUACUCCUCCAUUUUCAAUGCCCAGUUCACUGAUGCCCAGGGCAGGCCAUGCCUGGCUGAGAUGGGCUGCUACGGCCUGGGCGUGACGCGGAUACUGGCCGCUGCCAUUGAAGUGCUGUCUACGGAGGACUGCGUUCGCUGGCCCGGCCUCCUGGCGCCUUACCAGCUGUGCCUCAUCCCCCCGAAGAAGGGCAGUAAGGAGGAGGCGGCCGCCGAGCUCAUGGACCACCUGUACGACCUCAUCACGGAGGCCUUGCCGCAGCUCCGCGGGGAGGUCCUGCUCGACGACAGGACCCAUCGGACCAUUGGAAACAGACUAAAAGACGCCAACAAGUUUGGCUACCCCUUCGUGAUCAUCGCGGGCAAGAGGGCCCUGGAGGACCCGGCACAUUUUGAAGUUUGGAGCCAGAACACCGGUGAGGUGCUCUUCCUCACCAGAGAGGGAGUCACGGAAUUUCUGAGCCAAGUGCGGGUUGUCUGAAAGCCCCGAGCCACUCCCACCCCAUCCUGCAGCCUUGGUGUUCAUUCUAAUGCUGCCUUUUCCUACACUCCCUUCCAGGGCCCGUCUCUCCAGAAACAAGGCAGCUCAUGGAAGGCAGGAGCGUGUUAGGGAAACUGACUUCUAUCCAGUCCUUUGUUUAGACUAUUUGUAUUUCAAGUCGGUGAUUCCAUUCUCUGGGCUGACCUUGCUGCCACAUACCAUUCCUCUUCCAUUCCAGUGUGGAGCUUCUGUGAGGAGGCAGGGGGCAAGAAAGAGCUGCUCCUCUUGGCCCUUGGAUCUACUUUGUUUAGAUUUCUCCCCCAUUUUUUGGAUGGGGAGAGUGGACCUCAGGCCUUUAAAGAAUUAUGGUAA